AUGCUUUCCUUGGACCAUUCUUUGGGAGUGUGGGAAACCCGUCUCCCUAUUCUAUGCGCUCUCAUCGUCGUGCUGACUCUGGUAGUCUCACUAGCGGUAGGGGCCUACCGCUUAGCCUUUCAUCCACUCCGGCGAUAUCCUGGGCCAUGGAUAGCCGCCCUGUCCGAUCUUCCUUACCUGUAUUGGACAUGGGCAGGAACUCUCCAAUUCAAAAUCAAAGACUUUCACGACCGCUAUGGCGAGGUAAUCCGUAUAGGGCCCAACUCUCUUACCUACCGAAGCCCUCAGGUGUGGCGAGAGAUAUAUGGCACCCAGAGAAGGUUCCCCAAGGACCCCAGCUUCUAUGUGCCAACUCCCAGCGGACCGACCAUCGUCGGGGCAAACGACGCCGAUCACUCGCGCAUCCGGCGCCUGCUCGUGAACUCCUUCGCAGACAAAGCACUGCGCGAGCAGGAGGCUCUCAUUCAUGCUCAUGUGGACCUACUUAUGGAGACUUUGCGGGCCGAGGUAUCUGCGUCCCGGCAGACCGUGGACAUGGCCCAAUGGUUCGAGUUCGUCACCUUCGACAUUACCGGAGACCUGGCAUUCGGGGAGUCAUUUGACUGUGUGAAGUCCAAGCAGUACCACCCAUGGGUAUCUAUCGUCUAUCCCAGUAUGAAAUCGGCCGAGUUUGAGCGGAGUCUGCUGGUGUAUCCCGUCCUCACUCCACUCGUUAAGCUUCUGCUACCUCGACGACUUGUCCAAAUGCGAAGAGACCAUUGGCACAUGAGCAAUGAGAAGCUCCAGCGUCGUCUGGCCACCCAGACGGAUAGGAAAGACUUCCUGACUUAUAUCCUGCGGCACAACGACGAGCGCGGAAUGAGCCAUAGCGAGAUUGAAGCAAAUGCAGGUAUUCUGAUUAUCGCAGGGAGCCAAACCACGUCCACGUUGCUCUCUGGCUGUAUCUUUCACUUAUUCCAGAACCCCGCCGCCUAUCGACGACUCACAGAGGAGAUCCGCGGGGGCUUCGAAUGCGCCGAUCAGAUCACCUUUCAGUCGGUUGCCAAGCUCCCCUAUCUUUGCGCGGUGAUCGAAGAAACACUGCGCGUCUAUCCCCCAGUGCCCGCCAUUUUCCCACGACUGGUGCCCACAGGCGGCGCCGUGCUCAACGGCGAACAUGUCCCGGAAGGAGUCUCCGUCUCCGUCGCCCAUUACUCAACCUAUCGAUCAAGAACCAACUUCGCCGAACCAGACUCGUUCCUCCCGGAGCGCUGGCUGGACGAGGAAGAUCCGGGAUGGAACACCAAGUUUGCCGCCGACCGUCGGGAGGCGUUGCAGCCCUUCUCCUAUGGGUCUCGGAACUGCAUUGGUCAAAGACUAGCUUAUGCUCAAGCGCGAACCAUCCUGGCCAAGUUCCUGUGGAAUUUCGACGUCAGCCUGGAUCCGCAGUCGCUGGCGUGGACCGAUCAGCUGUCGUUUAGUAUUUGGGAGAGGCUGCCUUUGAUCGUGCGAUUGACGACUGUUUCACGCGAUCAGCCAGAAAUCAGUUGAUGCCGUAGAUGCUUGGUGAGAGUCAUCGUCAGCUAGCCGUGUAAGCCCAUCGUCAGUCGACACGGUCUUAGCUUAAAAGACUGAGUCGGGUUGCACCCCGAGAUAUGAAGCACGCGUUGUCGGCGCGAAAUAAACAGCAGUUAGUCCAUCGCGUCUAUCCACGCGUUCAUCCAUCUGAUCUAGUCAAGUUUGACCGUAUAGCAUCCAGUAUCGACUGACAUCUGUAGGAGGGAUCAAAGUCUUGAGUGAGAUGUGAGAUGUGAGUA